CCCCUGGCCCUCCAAGGAGACAGCCUCAUGUCCUUUGACCCGAAGCAAUCCCAAUCUAGGUCGCUGUGAUUGAUGUCGACACCUGGGGACCGACAAUGGCACCGCUAGGCCCCCUCACCCGCCGCUUUCUCCUCCACCACGGCGGCGCUGCUAUACGGCGUGUCGCCAACUGUCCCGUUUCUCGGACCCGGGCCUUUGCGACGGCGUCGCCCGAUGCCUACGCCACUCCGCCGCCGCCGCCGCCGAAGUCGGACAACCGCGUCAAGAUCGUCGAGGUCGGCCCCCGCGACGGCCUGCAGAAUGAGAAGACGACCAUCUCGCUCGCCACCAAGAUCGAUCUGAUCGAGAGGCUCUCCAGGACCGGUCUGACAACCAUCGAGGCCGGAUCCUUUGUGGCGCCGAAAUGGGUUCCUCAGAUGAACAACUCGAGCGAGGUCCUCGAGUACAUCCUCAAGCACCCCAUCCCGUCGCCCGUGCCCAUCUCGUACUCGUUCCUCACCCCCAACACCAAGGGGCUCUCCAACGCCUUUGCAGUGCUGCGCCAGCACCCCAGCGCCUUCAUAACCGAACCGCCGCCUCCAGCACCAGCAGCGUCGCCUAAACCAUCGCCCGACGCCCCACGGACAACAUCCCCAAGCAAGCCGACGGUCGAGCUCGCCGUCUUCGCGGCGGCGACCGAGUCCUUCUCGCAGCGCAACCUAAACGCCGAUAUCGCCACGACGCUCGACGCUUUCCGCGAGGUGAUCCAGGGCGCCAAGGAGGCCGGGCUGCGGGUGCGGGCCUACAUAUCGGUGGUGCUCGGGUGCCCGUUCGAGGGCUACGACGUGGACCCGCACCGGGUCGCGUCGGUGGCCACGGACCUGCUCGAGAUGGGAGCCGACGAGAUCGCGCUGGGCGACACGACGGGCAUGGGCACGGCGCCGCGCACACAGGAACUGCUGCGCUGCGUCGCGGCCGCCGGGGUCCGCAACGAGGACCUGGCCAUGCACUUCCACGACACGUACGGCCAGGCCCUCGUUAACACGGCCGUGGCGCUCGAGCACGGCGUCCGCACCUUUGACAGCGCAGUCGGCGGGCUUGGCGGCUGCCCCUACAGCCCCGGCGCGACGGGCAAUGUGGCGACCGAGGACAUGGUCUACUUCCUCGAGACGCUGGGCAUGGACACGGGCGUCGACCUCGACGCCGUCGCCGACAUUGGCGCCUGGAUCACCAAGGAACUGGGUAAGCCGCACGACAGCAGCGUCGGUAAGGCCGUUAUCGGGGCGAGGUCGCGCUCCAAUGGCCAGGACUAGAGAAAUGGGACAUGCGUCAUCCCUGACGGGUGUGUGCGGACUUGGCUUGCUCGUCUCCCACAUUUUUUCUUGGAUAGUAUAUAUCGGCCCCUGCCAGCAUUCCAAUAUUUUACUAGCGAAUAUGAGCAAUAUCACAGCCAGGCAAGCCUACUAUAGUGAGCAGCAAAGAGACAGAAGGAAGGAAAAC